UCUUUCUCAUGGCUCGUCCAGUUAUUCUCCAUUUUCUUCUGUUAUCCAUUAUCCUCCUUUGUUCUUGUGUCCAAAUUCAGUCAAGAGUUCCAGCAAAUGAAACUUUCCAAAUCUUAAACCAGCCAGAUGAAUAUGUUGGUUUGAAUGUUGAAUACUGGGCGGAAUACCGGAACAUAUAUGAAAGCAGACUAAGAGCACAGGCGUUCGGAUUAUAUUUCUAUAACACUACCCGUAACGCAUUUAUUCUUGCCAUGGGUUCUGCUUGGACUUCCGACCAGGACAUCAUGGUUUGGGUUUGGGAUGCUAACCGAAACAACCCUGUUGGCGAUAAUGCUACACUCACAUUCGGCGAAAAUGGUAACUUCGUUCUGGCAGAUGUGGAUGGUCGUAUAGCUUGGCAAACUAACACUGCUGACAAAGGUGUUACAGGCAUAUCCUUGCGAUCUAAUGGGAAUUUAGUACUUCAUGAUAAAUAUGGGAGAUUCGUCUGGCAGAGUUUCGAUUAUCCAACUGAUACCCUCUUAGUAGGUAAUUCACUUAAGCUCAACUGUAAAACUAAUAGACUUGUUAGCCGUACGUCAGAUAGAGAUGCUCGUGAUGGUCCUUACAGUAUAGUGAUUAACAAUAAAGGAUUCAUAAUGUAUCACAACAGUUCAGGUGCACUUCUUCAGUAUGGAGGGUGGGAAGCAAAGGGUGCUUUAAGUGUCAAAUUUGAUUCAAUUCAACAAGAUCAUCCCAUAGCUGCUACUUAUAUUUUAACUUUUGGCUUCCCAAACCAGAAACAAGCAAACAUUAACUGUACCAGUGUUCCUCCAUCCCCACAACCGGGGACAGAUCUCGAUCAAGCCCCAGCUCCGGCACCAGAGGAGCCUCUUCCUCCGGUUUUACCACUACAGCGAAGAGUUAUCCUUAAGAAAGUUUAUUUUGGAGAUUGGGUCCGUACAGAUAUUCCAUACAACUUUCAGCAUUCAUUUAUCAGGCUAGAAUCAGAUGGCAAUCUAAAACUCUACACCUUGUAUUUGUAUCCUGGUAAUGACUUUUACUGGAUUAAAGAAGCAUUCUUCGGUACUACUGUGAAAGAGUGUGCAUAUUAGCAUCAAAAUGUAAUAGGACUACAUGUAGCGGCAAUUACUCUGUGUCAGCGUAAUAAUAAAUAUCUGCAUUAUUAGUAUUACUGUCUUUUAAUAUCUGCAUUAAGAGAUAAUUACUUGAG